AAUGUAAAAUCACACUAUAAGAAAACAGUGUAAUUCUGACGGACAUUCUGACGGAAAAUGAGAUCUUCGGAAUAUUCCGACAAAUUUUCGAGGAAAUACCGAGGAAAUCCAAGUUUUGGGUUUCCUCGGAAUUUCCGAGGAAUAUACCGAUGAAAUACCAAGGAAAUCAUAUUCCUCGGAAAACACCGACGAAUAUCCGAGGAUAUAUUAUAGCCGUUAGAGAGCCGUUGGGAGAUUUUAAAAAUUCCAAGGAAAUUCCGAGGAAAGAGCCGUUGCCGUCGGUAUUCCAUCGGAAUUUCCUCGGUACUGUCGGCAGCAUUUCAUCUAUAAAUACCCGCACCCCCUCCCCCAUCCUCUUCAUUCACGCCAUUUCUUCAUCCUCUCUCACAUAUUAUAUUUACACACGAAUUUGAUUGAAAAAAGCAUGUCUUCUUCAAAUUAUUAUCACCGCAUUUGGAUCCGAACACGUGAUUGCUUACGGAAGAAUACCAACGAGGUAUAACCGAAUUCAUGGGGUUAGUUCAGCGAUAACCGGAAGCAAAAACGGGUAUGUUUAAAUGUCCUUGCUCUAAUUGUAAAAAUAGAAAGAUUAUUAAAGAGUGGGAUGUUUGGACUCAUCUAUAUUUGAAUGGGUUUACCCGAAGUUACAAAAUUUGGUAUCAUCAUGGAAAAACUGAUUAUGAAUAUGGUAGUACUAGCAAACCUCAACCUGCGGUUAGGUUAGAAAGAACCAAUUAGAAUGGAUGUAGAUUAUCGUGUAGGUACUGAGCAGAUGGUAAAUGAUCAUUUUAGAGGGGAAGAUUUACCCAAUGCAGAAGCUAUGAGAUUUUAUGAUAUGUUGGAUGCUGGAAAGCAACUCUUGUACGAAGGUUGCAGAGAUGGUCAUUCAGCUUUAUCAUCUGCAACAAGACUGAUGGGCAUUAAAACAGAUUAUAAUUUGGCUGAAGACUGUGUGGAUGCGAUUGCUGAUUUUGUAAAAGGUAUUCUACCUGAGAAUAAUGUAGCCCCUGGUUCAUACUACGAGGUUCAGAAACUGGUAGCUGGUCUUGGUUUAUUGUAUCAGGUAAUAGAUGUAUGCAGCGAUAACUGCAUGAUUUAUUGGAGGGCGGAUGAACAGCGGGUUGCAUGCAAAUUUUGUGGAAAGACUCGUUAUAAAGAUACAAGUGGAAGAGUUCCAGUGCCAUUUAAAAGGAUGUGGUAUUUGCCUUUGACGGAAAGGUUGCAGAGGUUGUAUCAGUCUGAACGCACAGCGCAACCAAUGAGAUGGCAUGCAGAGCAUUCAACAAAUGGUAAGAUUAGACAUCCUUCAGAUGCAAAAGCGUGGAAGCAUUUCCAAUCAACAUAUCCCGACUUUGCGUUUGAGAAAAGAAAUGUCUACCUUGGAUUAUGUACUGAUGGUUUCAGCCCAUUUGGCAAGAGUGGAAGACAAUAUUCUCUAUGGCCAGUCAUUCUUACACCAUACAACUUACCGCCAAACUUGUGUUUGCGACGAGAGUUUUUGUUUCUCUCCAUUCUCGAGAUUCCUACCACCUGA